CAACUGUUUAAAAAGAUAAUAGCUAAAAAAUCAUCCGUUACAUAUUUUACUGGCGAACUUAAUCGCAAAUGUAAACCACACAUAAACCAAGGCGAAUUUAUUUAAACCAUAUCAAAACAAAGUAUUCGAAGGCAGAUGCAACUGAAAUUUCGAACUUCGAAUUUGUCGCAAUAAUUUAAAAAAUUGAAAUAAUCUUCGUCCGCCUUUUGUUGAUAUUUUAAUUAAAAAAUAAGUAACCUUUAUAUAGAUUAACAUUUCUGAUAUAAAGCUCGGUUAGGAAAGUGUAACAGUAAAUAUGUCGAAUAUAGAUGACAGAAACGAAGCGGCUGCCGUGCGGGUGAUUGUGCGUGAAAGGCCCGCUCGAGAUUCACAGACCACAAGUGUAAUUUCAUACCUUGGAUGCAGUGCAGAUAUUUUGGUGGCAGACGGUAGACCCUUUACUUUCGAUAAGGUGUUAGUUCCAGCGGCCACUCAGGAGGAAUUGUUUCGUGACAUUCGGCCUCUGGUCGAUAAGGUAAAAAAGGGCUACAAUUGUACAGCUUUAGCAUAUGGCCAAACAGGAACUGGAAAAUCUCAUUCGAUGGGACUAAACUCAAGCUCUUCUGCAGGUGAGGACGUCGGAAUUAUACCCAGAUGCUUGUUGGAGAUACUGCAAACAGAUGUGUUGGGACCUGAAAGCAGCUUUAGCUCAGAAGUUACAGUUGAAAUAUACGCCUCUUUUAUUGAAAUUUAUAAUGAAAAGGUUUUCGAUUUGCUGAGUGAAAAUACCAACGUACCGAUUAUAGCGCGAGGAUACAAAUAUACUGGUGGCACUCGAAAAGUACUCAAAACUAUGGACGAUUGCCACUGUGUCCUUCAACAAGGCAAUAAGAAUCGGCAUGUUAGGCCAACUAAAAUGAAUUCUCAAAGUUCACGAUCACAUGCAAUUUUCACGAUUCAUGUUCACACUGUUUCCGAAAAAGGUGUCAUUAAUACAAGACUAAAUUUAGUCGAUUUAGCAGGUUCGGAAGGUGUACGUAGAACGGGCCACCAAGGAGUUGCUAUGUCGGAAGGUGUUAACAUUAAUCAGGGUCUUCUCUCAAUUGGUAAAGUUUUGCAGGCCAAAGCGCUCGGUCACAAAGUUAUUCCAUAUCGCGAUAGCGUGCUAACAUCAGUUUUGCAAGAUUCCCUUAAUGAAAACUCUUAUUUAACACUUUUGGCUUGUAUAAGCCCUCAUCGUGCUGAUCUCACAGAAACUUUAUCAACUCUUCGUUUUGCUCAAAGUGUGAAGCAAUUGAAACACUCGCCCCAUAUUAGUUUAAUGCUAGCUGAAUCAAAGAAAAACCGAAUGAAAACUCCGAAGAAACCUACCAUAACGCCUGCCCCCAAGAAGGGACAAUUUUGCGGAAUAGCUGUAAGCCUGGAUCAUAAGGCGCUAAAGGUUGGAUAUCACAGUAACACAUUUUGUACUCCAAGCAAGUUAAAACGAAAUAAUAUCGUCGAUAAACUGAACCAAUCUGAAAUGGGACUUACACCAAAACAAAAAGAAAAGGCGCGAACAGGCAUGCAUGCUCCUUUGGUUCCCGAACUCUCUACGAUACAGUCAAAUUUUCCCUCAAGAAAUCGGGAAUCAAGUAUUCUAAUGGAUCAGUCUCUCGAUUCCGUAUCAUCAUCAACAAUCAACGUAUCAUCAUCAACAAUAUUUGGAAAUGAUGGGCCAACAUCAAGUAAAACUCUAAGUUAUAGUCCAAUAGUGCGUAAAGAAAAUGUCGGGAAAGCAAAGAAUACACCUUUAAGCAAUGGAAAUGGUUCCGAAUCAACGUUGUUAGAGUCCUCUCUUAUAGGAAAAUAUCCCAAAUGCCAGCUGUUUACAACAAGCAGUCCGGUUUUCAAAGUCCCUGCUGUACCUACUAAAGGAACUGCUGGUGCUGAAGAGCCUGCUGAAAUUCUAUACUUACCUGCAAAUUUUGGAAAUGAUGGGCCAACAUCAAGUAAAACUCUAAGUUAUAGUCCAAUAAUGCGUAAAUGUAUGGCAGAAAUCGAAAAUGUUAUGGAAAGUAAAAUGUCGCAAUUUUUAGAAACUCUUAAAGAUCUAAGUAAAGAGAAUUUCAAGCAGCAAACUACAAUUAUGGAAAAAAACCAUAGUAAAGAAAAUGUCGGGAAGGCAAAGAAUACACCUUUAAGCAAUGGAAAUGGUUCCGAAUCAACGUUGUUAGAGUCCUCUCUUAUAGGAAAAUAUCCCAAAUGCCAGCUGUUUACAGCAAGCAGUCCGGUUUUCAAAGUCCCUGCUGUACCUACUAAAGGAACUGCUGGUGCUGAAGAGCCUGCUGAAAUUCUAUACUUACCUGCAAAUGCUUCUGAAGUCCAUGAGGAUUCUACAUGUAGUAAAGUAGAACUGCGACGAUCUCGACGGAUUUCACAACGGCUACAAUAUAACUCAUUUACCAAUUUAAACGGUUGCGGCACAGUAAAUGAAACAUUACGACGUUCUCGUCGCAUUUCUGCAAUGAGAGAACGACAAAGUUCUAUUGAUGCUGCUCACUUAAAUAUAUUGGAAUCAGAUAAGGGAAAUGGAAGACCUAUAAAUAACUCAAAACAACAUAAAAGCGUCAGGAAUUGUGUCGCUUCUUUAAACAAUAGUGUCAUAGAAAGAUACUUUGGCCUUGAUUCGAAAAAGGCAAUUGCGAACGUCAAAAUAAAUAAACCGAAUAUUCAAAAACAUCGAAAAGAUAUAUUAGAUUUACUAAAUACGGGAUCUAUAAAGGAGUUGCAAAUACUACCACAAAUUGGUCAAAAAAUGGCAUUUCAGUUGGUGACUCAUAGAACAUUUAGUGGGAAAUUUAAAAACAUGACUCAACUCGAAAAACUCCCAAUAUGGCGUGGAAAUUCUUGGACACGUUUUGCACAGGCUAAUUUACUAGUAGACUGAUACGAAGUCGUACAAACAUUUUUAUUUAUAGCGAUGGUCAAUAUAAGAUAGUUUCUAAUUUACAUAAAAAUGUUUUACAAUUUUCCAUAAAAAAAAAAAAAUUAUAAAAUUAGAAAAUAUUAUCGAUAUCAAUAUCAAAUAUUCAGCUAUCAAGAACGUUCUAGUUUUCAGAGCAAAACUCAGAAUUUCAAUUUAAUUAAACAAAAAACACUUACUUUUUUCUAUGCCUCAAUUUUAUGUAUUCCCAAUGAUACAUGAAGGUCAAUAAAGCCACCCCAUCCGAGUUUAUUUGUAGAUACAAAUAUUAGGUUUACACAUAUGAAGAAGGCAUUCCAUCUACUGUUUAUUGAGUGUACACACACAGAAUUACAAUUACGCCCAAGACAACAAAUAUGACUAUGGAAAUGCGCGGAAUUAUAGACGCCCGCAAUUGGGCAUUGCCCAGUUAGUUGUGCCAUAUGAAAAUAAAAAAAAUGAAUCUUCAUAAAAACAAGAAUAUUCGAAAGUGUUAUAUAUUAAGCUAUUUACAAAAAUUGUACACUAACUACAAAAAUAAAUGAUGUCUACUCGA